AUGAAACAUGCCGGCGUACGCUGGAUUCGACAGUUUUGCAUCGUCCCGCCGGACGGCGGAAUCGAUCUACUACACUGCAAAGGAGUACGAUUCGGCAGAAGAGUCCGAUUACGUCCGGCGUGCGAUCUUCGAGGACGGACCGAACACCAUCUUUAAUCGGCGAUAUGUCGAUCCGUGGGAUAUGGAAAAUUAUGUCUACAUUCGCAAACAAGUGAUGGAUCCAACGUCCGAGUCCGAAGUACCACCAUCACCAGCCGGUGAGCCGAUACAGUCCAAGUUCUACUACGUGCCCGGUGAGCUGAACGGCAACGAGCUCGAGUGUCGCGAUUGUUCCAGUGCCGAACUGAUCGAUCCGGAGUUCGAUACCGAUGCGCAAGGGGAAGAUCUGGAAAGACAGAGUGCCGUGCUGCUGCCGGAGGAUGAACUGGACGGUGAACUGCAUCAUCACUCGAUGGACGAGCGUCCGAGUGAGGUGGGCGCGGAGGAAGAGGAACGUCUAAACGGCGAGGAUGACGAGGACGAGGAUGGAUUCUACACCGAGCGAUACGAUACCGUUAUGGACGAGGAUAGCAUCGGAGGAGAUGAACAUGUCUACAGCUCAUACACAGAUCUGGAAACCUCAUCGACGGAGCAACCCAGCUCGUGUGACAGUUCGAUGUCAGCGCUGCGACUUCACACGCCCGGUUUUGGCAAGAGUGCCUCCAGCAGGCGUCCCAUAGUCCUGCCAAAACCGUUACCACAGCUAGAGUUUCCUGGGCCACCAUCGUACGAGUAUUACGAGCCCAGCUGUUGCUACAUGCCAUUGCCACCGCCGCCUCCACCACCGCCUCCGCCGGCACACUUUCAUCAUCACCAUCAGCACCAUCACCAUGGACAUCCGACCCUCCCGCUCGGACCACCGCCGUCCGUUACCGGGACGAUCCUUUCCGACCAUCACAACUACUACACGCUUAACGAUUGUCUCGAGUGUGCCCGGCAGGAGGCGGAACAUGUGCCGCUGUACGCCACGACGAGCAGCGGAGGGUUGCCCGUCACGGCGGGCAGCCCCACGAGGCGUCGGUCUCGCAGUGUCAGCGUCGUCAGCCAGAGUAUGAGCCUUGCUAGGCGCCCGAGCCAGAUGCUAGAUCCGGCCACCGCCAUUGCGAUCGCAGCAACUAACGCUAACGUAUGUUACACGCCGCAACAUUUCAGCUUAAGCAAAAAGGGUCUGCUGCAGAUCGACUACUCUUGCAAUUGGAACAACCUGGAUCGAUAUAUCGCCAAAUAG